AUGUCACAAGACAAGGUGUCAGCGCGACUUUUGACGGCGGCUGUCUUCAUAACCGGAAUACUUGUCUUUCUUGCACUUCCCUUCCUGCCAGGGAGGCCAAAACCCCAUGUCGUGAGGCCAGUGAAGAUUUCGUUUCAGGCGGAGGAGCCGAAUGAGCCGAAUGAACCAAAUGAGCGUUUCCUUGUCGCAUUUGGGGAUUCCUACAGUCGCAGCGGCUUCCGAACAAACUACACGUAUACUAGGACCGGACCCGGAGUGGACGACAUGCAAAGGACAGAAAGACCAAAAGGCGACCGUGUAGAGGCACCCAGCGCGUUGAAUCCAAUUGGUAAUCCAGCGUUACCAGGAAACACAUCGUCUGGUGGUUACAACUGGGCUACCUACAUGGCGACUGAAUUUAACACUACGCUGACUCUGGCGUAUAUCUUUGCCCGAUCAGCGGCAGUAGUGGACGGGUUGAUAAUACCACCGAGGAGCACAAAAGCGUUCUCAUUUGCGCAGCAGAUCGUUCACUUUCAGGAUGCAAUUGGCCAUCGACCUCACUACGCGGCCUGGACGUCCAAGAACAUAGUGGCGACAGUCUGGUUCGGGUUCAACGACUUGUCUGUUGUGUCGCACAAGAGAGGCCAGGGCGCUGUACUGGCGGCUGCAAACCGACGUAUCUUUGAGCUAUCCCAGAUCCUCUACGAUACCGGAAUUCGUAAUUUUGUCUUUAUCGAAAUCCCACCCAAGGAAUUGUUUCCUUCGCAUCAAGCACACAAGAACAAUGACACGCAUCAUAGCUAUGAGAUGGUCUCCUACGCUGUGAAUCGAUGGAACAGCCUUCUAAGGCAAAACACUGUUCGCUUUCGAAAGGCCCAUCUGGAUGCAAAGGUCACGUAUGUAGAGAUAUGGGACAUAUUCUAUGAGGCUUUCCUACGGCCCCAAGAUCUGGGUGCACCGAACUCAACUUGCGUCGACCCCAGCGGCAAAGGUUGUCUAUGGGCCAAUACAGGGCAUCCCGGAGAGAAGAUUCAUCAGCUCAUUGGCGCUAGAGUAGCUGAAAAGGCCUGGGGAUAA